AUAAGUUGCAGUAGGCUAAGCUGAAUCUAUAGGCUAGAGGACAUGAGGCUAUAGCUUGUGGAAGUGUAAAGGGGAAUGAAGUGAGUGUUAAACAUCUUAGACUCAGAAAACAUGAGAGAGAGAGAGAGAAAGAGCAGUGAAGAGUGAAGAGUGCAUUAUGAUAUGAGGAAGCAACAACGUUGGUAACGUGGAUUUGAGGUCUUUUGAGGGAAACAAUCAACGACAGCGACAGCAUCAAAAGGAAGAGAAAGACCCAGAACGCCAACGCCUUUCAGAAACUCACAAGCUUUUCAAAAAGCGUUUUUGGAGCUUCAAACUGAAGGAAAAAAGUGCCCUUUCAUUCUUCCUCACACCACAACGCCAAGGCAAAGAAAAAAAAAAAAAAAGAGAAGCGAGAGGUUAGAGGGGGCACCACACCACCGUGGUUUCUGUAACCGGAACUUGAAGCAGUCACUCCAUGUGAUAUAAUUCUAGGGAGUUGUUAUUGUUGGUGGUUUCAGAAAAAGAAAAAGAAGCACUUUGUAGUUUGUAAUUAUCAUUACUACUACUAUUCACAUUUAACUGUCAUGUCUGGUUGGUGCUUUCUCUCUCAUGGGGUAUUUUGUUUGUGGUUAAGGUAAAGGAGCUUUCGCUUUGUGUGUUUGGUUUUGGUUUGAAUGGCACAUCUGGAGUGUAAUCUGAGGGGUCCCGGGGGUGGAAGUUCUCAACCGGAAAAAGGUUUGAAGGAUGACGAUCUGUACAGAGAGCUAUGGAAGUUGUGUGCAGGGCCUUUGGUGGAUGUUCCUCGUACUGGGGACAGAGUUUUCUACUUCCCACAGGGUCACAUGGAACAAUUGCAAGCAUCUACGGAUCAGGAAUUGAACCAGGAAAUUCCCCAUUUCAAUCUCCCGGCCAAGAUUUUUUGCCGUGUUGUGAACAUUCAGUUGUUGGCGGAACAAGACACUGAUGAGGUUUAUGCUUGCAUCGCUUUGCUUCCAGAAUCAGAUCAAACUGAGCCUACAAAUCCUGAUCCAAAUGUUUCUGAGACCCCAAAACAGAAGUUUCACUCAUUUUGCAAGAUAUUAACUGCCUCUGAUACAAGCACACAUGGAGGAUUUUCGGUUCUGCGGAAGCAUGCUACUGAGUGCCUACCUCCAUUGGACAUGACUCAAGCAACCCCAACUCAGGAGUUGGCAGCAAAGGACCUUCAUGGAUUUGAGUGGAAGUUUAAGCAUAUAUACAGGGGUCAACCAAGGAGGCACUUGCUUACAACUGGUUGGAGCACAUUUGUUGCAUCUAAAAGAUUGGUUGCUGGAGAUGCUUUUGUGUUUCUAAGGGGAGAGCAUGGAAAAUUGAGAGUUGGUGUUAGGCGUUUAGCGCGGCAGCAGAGUCCUAUGCCUUCAUCUGUGAUAUCAAGCCAGAGCAUGCACCUUGGAGUGCUUGCCACUGCUUCCCAUGCUGUCAUGACUCGUACAAUGUUUUUGGUUUAUUACAAGCCAAGGACUAGUCAGUUUAUUGUUGGUUUGAACAAAUAUCUAGAGGCAGUGAACAAUAAGUUUUCGGUUGGCAUGAGAUUCAAGAUGAGAUUUGAGGGGGAUGACUCACCCGAGAGAAGGUUUUCUGGUACUAUUGUUGGGGUAGGGGACGUUUCUGCAGGAUGGUCAAAUUCUCAGUGGCGUUCAUUGAAGAUUCAAUGGGAUGAACCUGCUACAAUUCCAAGGCCAGAUAGAGUUUCUUGCUGGGAGAUAGAGCCUUUUGUAGCUUCUACUACUUUGAAUGUCACUCAACCAGCAGUGAAGGGCAAAAGGUCUAGGCCUAAUGAAGUUUCAUCUUCUGGUUUCUGGUAUCAUGGUUCUUCCCAGUCUCACGAGCUUGGUCAAUUAGGUGCUGCUGCUGUUGUUGAAGUCCAAAGCAAGGAAAAUCAAGUUACAUGCUCUUUAAGGCAGAAAGAUGUUAUUAAUAGCAAUCCUAUUAAUGCUAACUCUAGAGUCCGGGUGGAAGGAGUAUGGCCUUGUUCACCACAUGUGAAUGUUUCUUCCAAAAAUUUUUCUGAUCCUAAUAUCAACAAUUGCGUUUCGGCACGAUCAUCUAUCUCUGGUUACCCUAAUGUUCCAUCAAGAUCAAGUGAUGGCCCCACAUGUGAGGGAGGGGAAGAUGGGAAAAGAAGUGAGAAUUCCCUUGAUUGCUGGUUAUUUGGAGUUAAUUUGAGCAACAAUUGUAGCAAUGUUGUUAUUAGUCCUUCAGAGAGAGGUGGAAGCUUAAGUAUUGUUGGUAGUGGUCCCAAAGAAUCUAUUCCUGCAGCUGCAUGUGAAACUGAGAGGGUUCAGACUCCCAACUAUUCACUGUCCAACAAGCAAAUUAUUUCUGAGGCAUCACCAAAUGAGUGGCAGAACAAGCAGGCCACUGUACCAUCCAUGAGGACGCGGACUAAGUUGAUGGACGCUAACUUAAAUAUUUUUGAGAAGGUGCAAAUGCAAGGUGUUGCUGUUGGUCGUGCAUUUGACUUGACCACGUUGAGUGGCUAUGAUGACCUCAUAGAUGAGCUUGAGAAAUUGUUUGAUAUCAAAGGAGAGCUGCGUUCACAAAACAAAUGGGCAGUUACUUUCACAGAUGAUGAAAAUGACAUGAUGCUCGUUGGUGAUGAUCCAUGGCCGGAAUUCUGCAACAUGGUGAAGAGGAUCUUGAUUUGUUCAAGGGAGGACUUGAAGAAGAUGAAAUGCUGCAAGCUACCUGCUUCUUCAUCAGAGAUUGAAGAGACUCUCUUGAGUCCAGAUUCACAGAAUAGGGAUGAGACUCAACAAUCUCACAUGGCCUAGAAACUUAGCUUUCUAACUUUUUUGGGGUUUGGGAGGGGAGAGGUAUCUGAUGGCAUUGAUUGCUUAGUUUUAUGGAACUUGCAAAGCAACUGCAGCAGAUUAGUGGACUAGUUUAAGUGGACUUAUUAUAUAAUAUGAAGAAAAAAAAAAGGGUAGUGCAGUUGGAGUUUAGGUACUUAUAUUUGUGAAUACUUUUUUUCCCCCACAGUGCCAUCAGCAUGUAAGCAAGUAUGCUUUUCCCAUUUCUAAUGGAUUGUCUGUCUGUGAUGUGUCGGUUUGUUCUACA